CAAUGCAAUACUCGUACCUACAGUAGCUGAAGGAGUCGUAGCAACCCAACUCGAGAUUUUCUGGCCUUCAGGAUUUUGGUGCAACAUUCACAGAAAUGCUCUAAGGCACCUCCCCCAAUGGCUGAGACAAGGCGCAUUUGGGCUUAACUUCAGCUGUCUCCAUUCGCUGGAUUUUACCGAAUUGUGGCAGUGACAGUAGCAGUACUGAACCACGAACCUACUCAUUAGUGCGCCAGACACCCAGCCAUCGAAUUCCCUCAAAUGGCCACGAGUCCCAGCACAACAAAAUGACGGAGAAAUCAAGAAAGGGUUCUGGCACAUCACCAGGGCAGAGAAGGGCAUCGACGGAUCCCAUACAACGUCCCCUCACCAUGGAAGGGCACGAACGAGCGUCGGCCGAUCGAGAACACCCCCGGGUUCGCUUCUCGGAGGAUAUUGAGAGAGUCGCAGCGUCUGCGAGACCUCCUACACCAAAUUUCUCGCUGGAUACCGAUGUAUAUACCGUUGGGGCGGUGGGACGAUCGAAUGAUGGCAGGCAACCCCUCUCACCACAGGUGGCGAGGGUCAGCGCUCUUCCGGCUCAAUCCCCAACAUCACCCCGGACACGAGACCGAGGAUACUCGCUGAGAAGAUCACUGUUCAAUAGAACCAUAGGCACGCAAUCAGAAAGCAGUCCGUUGGAGGAGGUGGUAGAAUCAGGGUCUUCGAGGGACCAUGGACUCAACUCGGCUGGAACAGAAGCGGGGAAAAGAAAGUCGUCUAUGGUGUCAAUUUCUCCAGUCAUUGAAAGCGUCGAAAUCACGCCAGUGACAUCUUCAACAACGAAUCCAGCGAACCAUGCUGCAUCUACAUAUAGGAAGAAGGACCAGAAAACUUUCGGGACGAUCAGUCUACCAAAUUAUGGAUCUUUGGCAAAGAGAAGUCAGGAAAGCCCGCUGGUUCACAGAAUAAAGAGUACCUACAAGGAGAAGAUAAAACCACUUUUCGAGCCAAAACCAAUCCCACCUUCUAAGGAUGGGCGACACAUCGAAUUAGAUGCCUCUAGAAACUACAAUUUGAUCGAUGAAAGAACCAGCAAGGAGUACAUAGGAAACUCCAUCCGAUCCAGUCGCUAUACAGUCUGGAACUUUUUACCUCGACAACUUUUCUUCCAGUUUUCCAAAUUAGCAAACGCCUAUUUUCUCUUGAUCUCAGUUCUUCAAAUGGUGCCCGGUCUGAGUACCACAGGGAAUUAUACUACGAUUGCUCCACUUUUGGUUUUCGUAAUGAUCAGUAUGGGAAAAGAAGGUUGGGAUGAUGUUCGUAGAUACAAAUUGGACAAGAAGGAGAAUAACCAAGAAACAUUGGUUCUCCAUGCUUACAGGCCAUCUCGUGGAGUUACCUCAGCAUCGCCGAAAAGUUACAAGGAAAAGAUAUACAACGGAGUUCCGUUUUACGAACGCAAGUCCUCUCGAAAGAGUGGUGAUACCUCAAUGACUUCUUAUGAACUCAAUCACGAUGAAAUGAAGCACUGGGCAAGCUUGAAGUGGAAAGAUGUUAGAGUGGGAGACAUUAUCAAGUUACGGCGAGACGACAAUGUACCCGCUGAUAUGGUUCUCCUUCAUUCAGAUGGUCCAAACGGUAUUGCCUACAUCGAAACCAUGGCUCUCGAUGGCGAAACCAACCUGAAAAGUAAGCAGGGCCCGCCUUCUCUGGUAAAACAUUGUAAAACAGUGGACGAGAUUGGAGCAUGCCGUGCUACUAUUGUGGUUGAAGAUCCAAACCUUGAUCUAUACAAUUUUGACGGACGAGUUACUGUGGGUGGGGAGACAACGCCCCUCACUACCAAUGAGAUCAUCUUGCGUGGAAGCACUCUUCGAAACACGACAGAGGCCAUUGGAAUGGUUAUAAACAGUGGAGAAGACUGUAAAAUCCGGAUGAAUGCCAACAAGAAUCCUCGGAUCAAAGCACCCGCCAUGCAGUACAUUACCAACAAAAUCGUAAUCAUGUUGGUAUUCUUCGUUAUUGUUCUGGCCCUGUUCUGCUCCAUUGCAUACCAAAUAUGGUCACAGAAUGUUGAAAAACGCUCAUGGUAUUUGCAUAGAGCACAAGUUCCAUUCUGGCAGAUCAUCAUUGGCUUCAUAAUUCUUUACAAUACUCUGAUUCCAUUGUCACUCUAUGUCAGUCUUGAGAUUAUCAAGAUAGGCCAACUCCUGCUUAUGGCUGAUGUUGCAAUGUACGAUGAAGUUACCAAUACACCAAUGGUUUGCAAUACUACUACCAUCCUUGAGAAUUUGGGCCAGGUCGAUUAUAUAUUCUCGGACAAAACCGGAACGUUGACAGACAACAUCAUGCGCUUUAGAAAACUUAGUGUUGCUGGCUAUGCGUGGCUUCAUGACUUUGAUUUGCAGAAAGAAGCAGCUCAGAAGCAGGAAGAGCAAGAGGCCAGAGGGUCUCCGGGACAGAAACAUAAAGGGAAAGGUGUGAUAAGACGGUUUGCGAAGAAACAGUCGUCCAGACCCCAUAUUGAACGAAAUGAGUCCAACGAAUCUACGCAACCAGAGCUUGCAUCUCCAGGAGCGGGUUCCCUGCGUAGAUCCGGCUCAAUAUGGAGGUCAUCAGCCAGGCCAACGAAAGCACAAGUCGAACUUAGGACUGAGGAAAUGCUGCGAUUCAUGCAAUCUAAGCCUCACUCCGUUUUCACCAAAAAGGCCAAGUUUUUUCUGCUCUCGCUGGCAUUGUGUCACACUUGCUUGCCAGAGGUUCAGGACAAUGGAGAGAUAGAGUUUCAAGCUGCCUCACCAGAUGAAUUAGCCUUAGUCAAAGCCGCUCAAGAGCUUGGAUUUCUCGUCAUUGAUCGUCCGGCAAGAUCAAUCACACUCAAAUACCCUAAUGCUUCCGAACCUGAAGAAACGGUCACGGAAUCAUACGAGGUUUCGGACGUGAUUGAGUUCUCUAGCAAGAGGAAACGCAUGUCGAUCGUUGUGCGGUUCCCGAACGGCAAGAUCUGUAUAUUCUGCAAGGGUGCCGAUUCAGCAAUCCUGCCUCGACUGAAAUUGGCUUCACUGGCUAUUGAGAAGGCAGCAGAAGUCAUUCGGAAGUCUAGCAUAAGGAAAAGUAUGGAAGCUGAACAAGCACUUCGUAGAAUGAGCCACCAGAGUGAUCACAGUCCUAGGAACAGCUUUAGUCGACCCAGCAUGAAUCUUGGAAGACCUAGCAUGAGCAAGAACAGAAAAAGUAUUGGUCAUGGUCGACCAAGCAUAGCUAGUACGAGGCUUCAGCCAAUCCGGGACGAACUCGAUACGUGGCUGAGAGAUCGCGAGAAUAUUGACGUUGAGAUGGUAGGAGAAGAUAUUAGUGCUCAUCAAACACCUACAACACCACGAGCUUCUAUGGGAAGACUCUCCUUAGCCUCGAUGGAUCAUAGAAAUUCAUUCCAGGAUAUGCAGUUCGACGAACUUGUUGAUGAGGCACUUGUGUUGGAUGAUGCCGCAGUUUUUGAGCGUUGCUUUCAACAUAUGAAUGAUUUUGCAUCCGAGGGCCUACGCACACUUCUAUUUGGUUAUCGAUUUCUGGAUGAACAAGAAUAUGACGGUUGGAAAAAGAUAUAUCUUGAUGCUACAACAAGUCUCGUGGACCGACAAGAGUUAAUUGAGAAGGCCGGUGAGAUGAUUGAGCAGAAUUUUGAUCUUUCUGGUGCUACGGCUAUUGAGGAUAAACUUCAGAAGGGGGUUCCUGAGACUAUUGAUAAACUGAGAAGAGCUAAUAUCAAGAUUUGGAUGUUGACUGGAGACAAGAGAGAGACUGCUAUCAAUAUCGCUCACUCUGCUAGGUUGGCAAAGAACUAUUCUGACGUAAGGACACCCUGAUUUUGUUUGUCCAAAUCGGCUCUGAAGGAAAGAAGCUAACUUGUUUUUAGGUAAUCAUUCUAGAUCAUACCACUGGUGAAUUUGAGCAAAGAAUGGCCACUGCUACCCUGGACAUUGGCAAGGGUGCCAUCGCUCAUUCAGUUGUCGUUGUGGAUGGUCAGACACUCAGUGAAAUUGAUGCCAACGAGACUUUGAAACUUCUUUUCUUUGAUCUCGCGGUUCUUGCUGAUUCAGUGAUAUGUUGCCGAGCAAGUCCAAGCCAGAAAGCUUCACUGGUCAAGAAGGUCAGAACCAAGAUCAAUAAAUCUAUCACUUUGGCAAUUGGUGAUGGUGCGAACGAUAUCGCAAUGAUACAAGAAGCACAUGUUGGUAUCGGUGUCAGUGGAAAAGAAGGUCUACAAGCCGCCAGAAUCUCCGACUAUUCCAUCGCCCAAUUUCGGUUCUUACAGAGACUACUAUUCGUUCAUGGACGCUGGAACUAUAUCCGGACCGCCAAGUACAUACUGGCGACCUUCUGGAAAGAGUUGGUCUUCUAUAUGCUACAAGCCAUGUACCAGAAAUGGACAGGUUAUACGGGAACUUCUUUGUUCGAAUCGACUAGUUUAACCGUCUUCAAUACCCUUUUCACAUCACUUGCUGUCAUCUUUCUCGGAAUCUUCGAACAAGAUCUUAAUGCUUCGACCCUCCUCGCUGUGCCGGAACUCUACACCAUGGGACAAAGGAACGAGGGAUUCAACAUAAAGAAAUACCUUGGUUGGAUGUUCAUGGCUGCCUGCGAAUGCAUGAUUAUAUGGUUUGUGAUGUUUGGGCUAUUCGGCGAGUCGACGUUUACAAGUGAUAAUAAUUUGUUUUCGAUGGGUCAACUCUGCUUUACUUCGGCAGUGGUAUUCAUCAAUACAAAGAUGCUGUAAGUUUACCAGUUGUGUGUGCGGGAAAUUACCAACCUAACAGAGGAUAGAAUUCUUGAAAUGCAUAAUAAAACCUGGGUUCCUGCUUUUGGAUGGAUUAUCUCUGUUGGCGGUUGGUUCAUGUGGAACAUUCUCCUCUCUUUUGCAUUCAAGCCCACAACAAAGGUUUAUCCCCUCUAUCCAGUCGCCGAUGGCUUCCUGACACGUUUCGGCCGGAAUAUCCUCUGGUGGCUCGUCGUACUACUUUCACUAGCUGCCGUAGUCCUUCUCGAGCUUGGAGUCUCCUCGAUACGGAAGAGUUUCUGGCCUACAGACACAGAUAUCUUCCAGGAAUUGCAAAAGGAUCCUGAAAUUCAAAAACGCUUCGAGGAUACCAUCAGGGCGGAGGAAGAUGGCUAUGGUGGUAUGGAAACGAGCCACGAACAAACAAGUGCCGAUCUAAGAGAGGAGAGGGAGAUUCAAGCGUUACUUGAUGGACGUCGUCCCAGUAGGAUCAGUACCGGCAUCACUGAUGCUGAGUUGGACGCGAGUGGUGCUUUAGUCAAGAGUCCAAUCGAAUCCGAAGGCGGCAUGAAGAGGACCAUGAGUGCGAAUCUGACGAGGCGGAAGCAGAGCACUGAAAAUGCUAUGCUUGUCGGGGUCGCGGGUGAUGAUAUUGAACUUGCGAGUCGAUUUCCGACCGCCAGACGGUCGGUGGAUAUUGCUGAGGUGCUUGGUCGGAAAUCUGGGACUCCGUGAUGUACUGUAGCUGAAAAUAAGAGGAGGGAAGGGGACUGACUUUCUCGAACAUGG